CGAAACAAACAGGGCCACCCCGGCCACCGCUCAUCUGCUUUUCCACGCGAUAAUUGUUCCACCAAAAGGCGCAUAGCAGGGAUUGAUCCGGCCGGCAGCGCGAUCGAGCCAAGUUAGUGCGCCUGUGCGCCCAUGAUAAAAUCCAACGCACGUACGCUCCCGGGAAAAACCAGCGCGACUCACUUACUAACUAGCUAUACAAUUAACUCACUUAACUAGCUCCGGCAGCAAUGGUGCUUGCGGUGGCCGCCGCUCUCGAUCAGCGGCGUUUGUCGCUGCUUGUCUUCGUGAGCACGGUCUUCCUGAUCUCGGCGCCGCUCUCCGCGGCGUCGGCGCCGUGGACGUUCUGGCCGCCGGCGCCGGCGAGAGGAGACGAGGGGUGCUUAAGCUGGCGGGUGAUGGUGGAGGCCAACAACGCCAAGAACUGGCGCACAGUGCCGGCGCCCUGCAUCCCCUACGUCUACAACUACAUGUCCCCCGUCUGGGGCCAGUACGCCCGUGACGUUGCCAGCGCCGUGGACCAGAUGCUCGCCUAUGCCGGCACCGACACCGCCGCUGACAACGGGCUCGACGCGUGGGUCCUCGACGUCGACGACACCUGCCUCUCCAAUCUGCCCUACUACCAGGCCAACCACUUCGGGGCGUAUGAUCCGGCGGCGUUCAGGGCGUGGGCGAGCAAGGGGAUCUGCCCUGGGAUACCGGCCAUGGUAAAGCUGUUCUGGACGCUGAAAGGAAGGGGGUUUAAAGUGUUCUUGCUGUCCGGAAGAGCCGAGGAGACCCUGGCCGCGCCCACGGCCAGCAACCUUGCCGCCGCCGGCUUCGCGGGCUACGACCGCCUCAUCCUCAGGGGCGUGGGUCACCGGGGCGAGAGCUCGGUGGAGUUCAAGUCGGCGAUGAGGCGGCGGCUGGAGGAAGAAGAAGGGUACAGGAUCCGGGGCAACGUGGGCGACCAGUGGAGCGAUCUCCAGGGCCAUUCCACCGGCGACCGCGUCUUCAAAGUGCCCAACCCCAUGUACUUCGUCCCCUGAUGAUCCAGUGAUAUCCAUAUCCAUCCAUCAUCCUAAUUCCUAAUUAAACUCCUAAUCAUCUACUGCAUCGCUUAUUCGAGGCAUGAUGUAAUUACUGCUUGAUCGCGCAUCCAUGCAUGCGUGCUUAUCCGGACAGGGCCAGAGAAUUAACUGCAUGCCAAAUUUAAAGAAAGCAAUAUGAAGCAAGGAGUAAACAAGGUU